AUGUGGCCGAUUAAAUGGGUUGCUGCCGCAGCAAAAAGAAAAGUUGACAGAGACGAAGCUGCAGAAGGUGAAAAAGAGCAACAUGAAAAAGAAAAAAAGAGGGAGAGAAAAUUUCACAACCAUUGGCUUAAUCAAUGGAAGUGGCUGAAAUUUGAUGGCCAGCUCAUGUUCUGUAAAAUCUGUAUAACAUAUGAUGAAAAUGGAAAAGGUCGAUCUAAAUAUCCCAUAAACUUCAUAAAAGGUUCGAACAAUUUUAGAACCAGUGCAUUGGUAGAUCAUGAGAAUUCGACAUUUCACAAAGAUGCAGCAGAUUUUGAGAAUGCCAGAGCAAAUCCUCAGGAAACGCCUGCAAGGAAAUCUUUGUUAGCUUUGAAUGAACAUAAACGAAAAACUUUGGAAAACUAUUUCAGAAACAUACAUGGGAUUAUAAAAAGCAAUAGACCUAUAAGUGAUUUUGUUUGGGUCAACAAAUUAGACAUUGCAAAAGGAAUCCUUGACAGUGGUGAGACAUACAAUAACUGUAAAGCAGCCACUUGUUUCUUAGAGAAUAUCGCUGAUGUAGAACGAGAGAGCAUUUUAGAGUCCGUAAAGAGGGCGAAGUUUUUCAGCCUUACAAUGGAUGGAUCUACAGAUGAAGCUACAGUGGAGCAGGAGACACUUUUUGUAAGAUUUUGUGAUCAAGGUGAUAUUGUUACCAAAUUCUUGACAAUUGGAGAGCCAGCCUCAACAUCUUCUGCUGACUUGUACACAUUUGUUACAAACAUUCUGAAGACACAUGAACUGAAUCAGAACAUCUCAUUUAUUGGCUUUGGAUGUGACGGUGCAGCAAAUAUGAUGGGUAAGAAAGGGGGCUUGGUGACGCUGCUGCAAAAGGAUUUUCCAGAACUGCUUGCCUGUCAUUGCUUGGCUCAUAGACUAGAACUGUCUUUUCGUGAUGUGGUUAAAGCAGAUAAAAAGUAUGAGCGUCUGUCUACCCUUCUCCUUGGUAUAUUCUACUUUUACAAGAGGAGCCCUAAGCAACGCAAGAAUCUUAGACACACCUUUGAGGUGAUGAAUGUGAAGGGAACACUCCCUCAUAGAGUGUCUGGCAGCCGGUGGAUGCCACACAUGCAGCGAGCAUUAAAGUCAUUGUUCACAAGUUUUCCUGGAUAUGUUUCUCACCUGCAGAAUGAGUCCCAUACCAACUCCAAAGCAGAGGGUCUAGUUAAAAUCAUGUGCAACUUUCAAGUGAUUGUUUAUGCCACAGUAUUACUGGAUGUUUUGAAUCCCUUGGUGAGACUGUCACUGUUUCUUCAAUCCAGGGAUGUGACAUUGGCUGAUGUCCAUCUCAUGGUGCAAUCAACUGUCAGCCACCUAGAAUCCCUGAAGGAGAAGAAGAGUGAGACACUGUUAAAAUUAGAAGAAACAAAGGAAGUUGCUGGCAUUCCAUUAACAGUUACAGGACCCUUGAACAGUGGCUCUUUGAUUAACAAAAUGGUCACUGACAUGACAAAAGCAUUAAGUAUUAGAUUUGCAGAUCUUGGGGAUGAAGUGAAAUUUACAGAAAUUGCUAACUUAAGAAACUGGCCAUUGGAGGAAUUGAAAGAAAUCCCAGAUAAGUAA